GAUAAAUUUGAAAAGCUUUACAAUUUUAUAAGCGGUCAACCCACAAAAGUUCCGGAUGGUAUAAUAUCAGUCAACGAUCAUCCACUGGGACGUGAUUAUUGUAUGCUUUUAAUGACAAAAAAAAUGGUCAAACAAGGUGAUUCGCAAAUUGCAAGCAGCGCGCCAGCAGCAUUUCCAGUAGCGUCAGUUGCCAUAUCCUUAUGGAAAUUAAUACCAGAUUUCGGAAUUCUUUUCCUAGCCUACUUGUUUAAAGAAUCGCCCUACUUAGUACCAUAUUAUAUACCACAGCAACCACAACAGUCCGUUGAAGACUACUUUAAAGUACUUGGUUACACAUUUAAGGAUGGUGUGAUAGAAAAGCAAGAUCUAUUUUUGCAACGGCAUGCCGGUUUCGCUCGACUGUUUUCAGCUAUAAUGAUAACUAAUGGUCGUCAAGCAGAUGGUCAUUCACACCCUUUCAGUAUCGAUCAGUGCUGGAUUUGGUUGUCAAACUUGGUAAAUCUUGAACCAAUGCCAGAUAUUUGUACGACAGUGCUUUCUGAGGUAUUACACGUCGUUUCACCGUAUCUAUACGCAACUUACGGCAAACAAUUUGUCAAACUUCUUGUUUUCAUAAGGCAAUCAUAUAUUCCAAAAGUAAAAGAAAUCGAUAGUGGAGGAGCAACUACCCGUUUAGAACUUAUGUUGGAUAACUGUUUAAUGAAAGGAGUAUUUCCAACACCAACUGGAAUUUUACCACAAAAUUUUUGGUAA